GAAAAGCAACCAAAAUAUGACCAUCCUCAACACUGUUUUCAGGUUUCAACUGUGCAUUCUGGCAGUAACUUCAAGAGAGACUGUUCUACACAAACGUCCUUGGACAUAGGGGUCCAGACAGAGGAUGCUCCAGUGUCAAAGAAUACUAUGGCCCAUGAAGUAAAUGUUAUUGUUAAAGUGAUUGGUUCAGAUACUUGCAAUCUGUCCCAGUUAGAUGGUGAUGCCAAGGUCUUGAAAAAUAAAAGUGAAAGUGAACAGCCCUUUGAAAUAAUUAAAAGCCUGCCUGAUAUACGUCCCAAAGGUUCAAAGAUAACUGAGUGUCCAAAGUUUCUGAUUCCCUCCCAGAAGGUUCUUUCAUUAGAGACUGUUGUGCCAAAUCAAGAUUCCCCCUCUAUGAAAGCAUCUGAAGGUAACACAGUAGACUACUUCAAAGAGAAGUCUUUGUCUAGCCACCUUGGAGCACAACGCUCUCAUAUGAAACAAGAUGAGAAGCAGAAUUAUCACAGAAGUGUAGACCAAAGGAAUUGCUUAAAUAAACAAAUUAUGCUCAUGGAUCGUGCCUGCUCCCCUAUUCUUACUGUGAAGGCUGCAAGACAAGUAAAAACAAUGCAGAGUUUAACAAACCACAAAACCAAGGGACAAGAGAAACAGUACUCAAAUGUAUACAACGUGCCAUUGAAAGCUCAUAAAAUGUCCAACCAUGAAAAUAAGGUACAUCACAGUAAAAAUGCAAGAACAGCAUCAACAUCAGUGUCAUCUGUGACCUUUGAAAACCUGAGUGACCUUUGUCCAAAUUUGGGUGGAUCUGAUGACUUCUCAAACAGCAUCUGUCCCUGCACCAAAUGCAUGAACAAAGAGAGAAAUGAAUACUCACAUGAAGUUGAAGAGAGGGUAAGUAAACCCACUAUUAACUGUUCCCCAUCUCAGCCACAAAAAAUGUCCCUCUCCUCUCCAAGCAGCACCAUCGGUGUCCAACUUGCAUCAUUCUCAGAUAACAUUAGACAAUCUAAAAUGGAAAACCUAGAAACACCUCAUUUGUUGAGUCACAGAUCGUCUCAGUAUAUAAUAAAAAGUUGGGAUCAUUCAAAUCAAAGUAUUGUGCAACAGCAGGAAGAUGACGUGUUGUCUCUGGUGCCAAGCGAGUGCAACACAGAUGUUCUGGUCAGCAUCAAUCCUCUGGCAGAGACCAGCAUGCUCAAAGGACAUCAGUGGAUCCCUGAUGAUCUGCCCAUGCACAACAAAUUCACCAACUGGUCUGGCAUCAAUCAUCAGACACCAUCAGCACUUAAAAUACACAGACCAACUAGACAGCACUUCACAAAGCUCAGCCCCAGUUACUGGCAAGAGCCAUCAUGGAAAAUGGACAGGAGAGCACAUGAAAUUGAGAAGCUAAGGAAAGAACGCAAACAGAUUUUAGCCUCUGUACAUAUGGAUCUGAGCCCUCAUCAGCUGACCAUUGAGCUCACAGAGGCCAAGCUGCACUAUGGCCAAGGGGAAACAGACACUCUGCUGAAAUUUCUCAAGUCUGGUUCUAAAGAGGCAUCUUCAGUCUGUAACAAACAGGAGCUCCUUAACAGGCAUAGGAAGAGCAUUGAAAGUUUGAGGAAAGACAGAGAAGCCCGUCUCCAGAUGUGUCGUUGGACUGGGAGCCUCAGUCCCAGUAAGCAUCGGAUCCCUACAAAUUGUGAUGAGCAAUAUCAAAAAGUUUCAGAACUGCAGCAGCUCAGACAAGAGAUUGUUGAAACCAACAGAGUUCCUGAUCCACCAAGAAAGGAGGGUCAGUGUCCAUCUGACAUUGAGCAUCUAUUGCGUGACUACAGUCGAGCCCGUGAGGAGGCAAGAGUAGAGAUUGCACGUGCACGAGACCGACUCCGUGGGAGGGCCGAACAGGAAAAGAGACGCCUACAGCAGCAAGUUCUCUCGCAGGCAGUGAAGGAUGACCUGCAGUUUCGCACACGCAUUAGUAACAGUACUUUAUGUAGUGGUUCGAACCUGAGUCUUUACUCAGGCCCCACGUCAGGGUACAACAGCAGCAAUGCUGCCUUACUGAAAGACAUUACCUCAUCAUUUAUACAGGCAAGGAACAACACACUAAAAAGUUUAACAUGCUUCCAUGUUAUUUUAAUUUAAAAUGCUGUUUUUCAAGCUCUUCACUUCAUUCCUCAGGUAAACGGAGUCUCAGAAUUCAGUGUAAAGACUCGACCUCCAGUGAUCCCGUUGCAGACUUCGAAAGCCCAGCAUA